AUGGGUGGUCGAGCAACAUUUUUCAUUAUCUUCACAAUAAUUUGGGCCCAUGCUGAAGCCUGGAGAUAUAUCCUUAAUGGAAGAAUUAAAGGAGGCAAUUUGGGGGCUCCGCGUCCCAAUAUAGUGACAAAAGAACCGAGAAACUUCACAAGAUGGUUUACACAAAAAUUGGAUCAUUUUGAUGUUGGCAAUACCAACACUUGGCAACAGAGAUAUUUCGUAAAUGAUGAUUAUAUUGAUCAAACCAAACGAAAUGUCGCUUUUCUACAAAUCGGUGGAGAAGGUGAAGCCUCAGAUAUAUGGAUGACAAACGGCGCCUGGGUAGAUGAUGGCAAAAAAUUCAAUGCUAUCUUAUUUCAGCUAGAACAUCGUUUCUAUGGUAAAAGUCAUCCCACAGAAGACUUGAGCGUGGACAAUUUGAAAUAUUUGACCAGUCAACAAGCUUUGGCCGAUUUAGCAGUAUUCGUCGAUGCCAUGAAUGAAGAAUAUAACUUAUCACCAAUGGUAAAAUGGAUUGCUUUUGGAGGUUCCUACCCUGGAUCGUUGGCUGCAUGGGCCAGACUGAAAUACCCUCACCUAAUUCACGGUUCAGUUAGCAGCAGUGGUCCACUUCUUGCAAUUCCAGAUUUUCAAGAUUACUAUCAAGUUGUAGCCAAUGAUCUGCGUACGGUUGAUGAAAAUUGCUACAGCGCAGUUAAAAGUGGAACUGCUCAAGUGGAGGACCUUUUGCAACAUAAAGUAGGCCAAAGGACUUUAACUUCUUUAUUUAAUUUGUGCGAUCCUUUAGAAGAAAGCAUUGACAAUGAUAAUGAUAUUGCUAAUUUUUAUACGAAUUUGGCAGGAAAUUUUGCAGGAAUUGCUCAGUAUAACAAAGAUAACAGGCUCAGUACAAAAGGCACUUUAUUAGGAAACAUAACUUUAGAUACAUUUUGCGCCAUUAUGACUGAAACCACACAAACUAGAGAAAUUACAAGAUUGGCGGCUGUUAAUGCUUUAAUGCUCAAUGCCACCAAUCAAACUUGCAUGGAUUUUAAAUAUUCAAAAAUGAUUGCAGAGAUGAGCAAUGUUAGUUGGGAAGCUUCAGCUUCAGAAGGAGGUCGUCAAUGGACAUUUCAGACUUGUAACGAAUUCGGGUUUUAUCAAACCUCGAACAAAAAGCCACAAAUAUUUGGAGAUAAAUUUCCACUUUCGUUUUCUAUACAGCAAUGUAUUGACCUUUUUGGAUCGAAAUUCAACGAGAGUUAUUUAAACUAUGCUACUGAUAGAACUAAUACUUUAUAUGGGGCAUUAGAUAUUGAAGUCAGUAACGUUGUUUUUGUGCAUGGCUCUGUAGAUCCCUGGCACGCCUUGGGGAUUAUUUGGACAGAUGAACAAAAUGCACCAGCAAUUUAUAUCAAGGGAACUGCUCAUUGUGCCAAUAUGUAUCCAGCUUCCGAUGACGAUUUACCUCAGCUGAAAGCUGCUAGAGUGCAAAUUAGUCAACUUAUUGAAUCUUGGUUGGAUCUUUGA